GCGACGACCGUGGCACCGAAGAAGAGUAGAGGUGAGGCCGCUGGGCCCUGCGGGUCCCUCUCCUCCGCGGCCAUGGCGGGAGGCCCGGCGGACGCCCGCAAACUCUUCCUUUUCACGACCACCCAGAAUUACUUCGGGCUGAGGCCGGAGCUCUGGGACCAGCCUCCGCCGAGCAGCUGCCCGGAGGUGAACAACUUCUUGGACGACGGCAACCAGAUGCUGCUCCGCGUGCAGCGCUCCGAAGCUGGGCUGGCCUUUUCCAACACGAUUGAUUUCGACGACACAAAGGAUAAAGUGCUGGUGUUUUUCAAGCUCCGACCCGAAGUAAUUACAGAUGAGAAUCUGCAUAACAACAUUCUCGUUUCAUCUAUGUUGGAGUCACCUGUCAGUUCCCUUUACCAAGCAGUAAGGCAGGUGUUUGCACCCAUGUUGCUAAAGGACCAGGAAUGGAGCAGAAACUUUGAUCCUAAACUUCAGAAUCUUUUGAGUGAACUAGAAGCUGGACUGGGUGUAGUUCUACGGAGAUCAGAUACUAAUUUACCCAAACUGAAACUUAAGGAAGAUGAUACAAGAGGUAUCCUCACACCAAGUGAUGAGUUCCAGUUUUGGACAGAGCAAGCUCACCGUGGAAAUAAACAGAUUAAUAAAGAAAGAGCCAGCUAUUUUAAGGAAUUAUUUGAAACAAUUGCAAGGGAAUUUUAUAACUUGGACAGUCUGUCCUUGCUAGAAGUUGUUGACUUGGUGGAGACGACUCGGGAUGUUGUAGACGAUGUGUGGAGACAAACAGAGCAUGAUCAUUACCCCGAGUCACGCAUGCUGCAUCUCCUCGAUAUUAUAGGUGGUUCAUUUGGAAGGUUUGUUCAGAAAAAGCUGGGAAGUUUGAAACUGUGGGAAGAUCCUUAUUAUCUUGUGAAAGAAAACCUGAAAGCUGGCAUUUCAAUUUGUGAGCAGUGGGUGAUAGUCUGCAGUCACCUCACAGGUCAGGUGUGGCAGCGCUAUGUCCCUCAUCCGUGGAAGAAUGAGAAGUAUUUUCCAGAAACCCUUGACAGGCUGGGCAAGCGCCUGGAAGAGGUCUUGGCUAUUCGAACAAUUCAUGAAAAGCUCUUGUAUUUCUUACCGGCCAGUGAGGAGAGAAUUAUAUGCUUGUCUCGAGUAUUUGAGCCUUUUACUGGUGUGAACCCUGUGCAGUACAAUCCGUAUACUGAGCCAUUAUGGAAGGCUGCAGUGUCUCAGUAUGAAAAAAUCAUUGCACCCGCUGAGCAGAAAAUAGCAGGGAAAUUAAAGAAUUAUAUUUCAGAAAUUCAAGAUAGUCCACAGCAGCUUCUUCAAGCAUUUCUAAAAUACAAGGAAUUGGUGAAGCGUCCGACUAUAAGCCAAGAGCUGGUGCUAGAAAGAGAGACAUUAUUGGCAAGACUUGGGGACUCAGCUAAAGAUUUCCGACUGGACUUUGAGAAUCGGUGCCGAGGGAUUCCUGGAGAUGCAUCUGGGCCACUUUCUGGAAAAAAUCUUUCAGAAGUUGUCAAUAAUAUUGUUUGGGUUCGUCAGUUGGAAUUGAAGGUAGAUGACACUAUCAAGAUUGCAGAAGCGCUCUUGUCUGACCUGUCAGGCUUUCGUUCUUUCCACCGGAGUGCUGAAGAUCUCUUGGACCAGUUUAAGCUGUACGAGCAAGAACAGUUUGAUGACUGGUCCAGGGAAGUUCAGUCAGGGUUGUCUGAUUCCAGAUCAGGUUUGUGUAUUGAGGCUAACAGCCGUAUUAUGGAGUUGGAUCCUAAUGAUGGGUCAUUAAAAGUGCAUUAUUCUGAUCGUUUGGUGGUUCUGCUGCGAGAAGUGCGUCAGCUUUCUGCCCUGGGCUUUGUCAUUCCUGCCAAAAUACAACAGGUUGCCAACGUUGCCCAGAAAUUCUGCAAGCAAGCCAUCAUUCUUAAGCAGGUGGCUCAUUUUUACAAUUCCAAUUCAAAGGCAGGAAGUGGAGGCAAAUCACAGAUUACUUGGGACAACCCUAAAGAAUUAGAAGGCUAUAUCCAGAAACUCCAAAAUGCUGCUGAGAGACUUGCCACGGAAAACAGAAAGCUGAGAAAGUGGCAUACUACAUUUUGUGAGAAGGUAGUCAUUCUUAUGAAUAUUGAUCUGCUUCGGCAGCAGCAGCGUUGGAAGGAUGGGCUGCAGGAACUGAGGACUGGCUUAGCAAGUGUGGCAGCACAGGGAUUCCAAGCCAGUGACAUGCAGGCGUGGCGGCAACACUGGAACCACCAGCUCUACAAGGCUCUGGAGCACCAGUAUCAGAUGGGCCUAGAGGCGCUGAAUGAGAAUCUGCCAGAGAUAAAUGUAGACUUAACCUACAAACAGGGAAGGUUACAAUUUAGGCCUCCUUUUGAAGAAAUCCGGGCUAAAUAUUACAGAGAAAUGAAGAGGUUCAUCGGCAUUCCCAAUCAGUUUAAGGGAGUGGGCGAGACUGGAGAUGAGUCAAUAUUUUCUGUUAUGAUUGAUAGAAAUGCAAGUGGAUUUCUGACUAUUUAUGGCAAAGCAGAAGAUCUGUUUAGAAGGCUGUCAGCUGUGUUACAUCAACAUAAGGAAUGGGUUGUAAUUGGACAAGUUGACAUGGAAGCUCUGGUGGAAAAGCACCUUUUGACUGUGCAUGAUUGGGAGAGGAAUUUUAAAGCACUGAAGAUAAAAGGGAAGGAAGUUGAGCGGCUCCCCAGUGCUGUCAAGGUGGACUGUCUCAGCAUCAACUGCAGCCCUGUGAAGACUGUGAUCGAUGACCUCAUCCAGAAGCUGUUCGAUCUGCUGGUCCUUUCUCUGAAGAAGUCCAUCCAGACGCAUAUAUAUGAAAUCGAUACUUUCAUCACUGAGGCUAUGAAGAUCUUAACAAUAAUACCUCAAUCUGUGGAAGAAAUAGGGGAUACAAAUUUACAGUAUAGUAACCUGCAGGAUCGGAGGCCAGAGAUUUUGCCCUUGUUUCAAGAAGCUGAAGACAAAAACAGGCUUUUGCGAACUGUGGCAGGCGGCGGGGUGGAAACAGUUAGCAGUCUGAGAGCCAAGUGGGACAAAUUCGAGCUGAUGAUGGAAAGCCACCAACUUAUGAUUAAAGAUCAGAUUGAGGUCAUGAAAGGAAAUGUGAAGUCCCGCCUGCAGACCUACCACCAAGAGCUAGAGAAGUUCCGAGCGCGCUGGGACCAGCUGAAACCUGGGGAUGAGCUCAUUGAAGCCGGCCGGCCCAACACCCUAGGGCAGAGCGCGAAAGCCAUAAAGGAGAAAAAGCUGGAGUUUGAUGAUCUCGAAGCCAUAAGAAAAAAGCUAGUUGAUGACUGCCAUCAUUUUGGACUAGAGGAGCCCAACUUCUCUCUGGCGUAUAGCAUCUCUAAGGAUAUUGAGAGCUGUGCACAAAUCUGGGCUCUUUAUGAGGAGUUCCAACAAGGUCUCCAGGAAAUGGCCAAUGAAGAUUGGAUUUCUUACCGGACUAAGACCUAUCUGUUUGAGGAAUUUUUAAUGAACUGGCAUGACAGAUUGAGGAAAGUUGCAGAACAUUCAGUCAUGACAGUAAAAUUGCAGUCAGAAGUUGACAGAUAUAAAAUUAUAAUUCCUAUCUUGAAAUAUGUGAGAGGGGAGCACCUUUCUCCAGACCACUGGCUUGACCUUUUCCGUCUGCUUGGCCUUCCUCGAGGGACCAGUCUGGAGAAAUUACUGUUUGGUGACCUGCUCCGAGUUGCUGAUACAAUUGUGGAGAGAGCCUCAGACCUUAAAGAUUUAAAUAGUCGGGCACAAGGGGAAGUUACCAUCAGAGAAGCUUUGCGUGAACUUGAUCUAUGGGGAGUGGGAGCAGUGUUCUCCUUGAUUGAUUAUGAAGACAGCCAGAAUCGAACUAUCAAGCUGAUUAAAGACUGGAAAGACAUCGUGAACCAGGUUGGAGAUAACAGAUGCCUUCUUCAGUCCUUAAAAGAUUCUCCAUAUUACAAAGGAUUUGAAGAUAAAGUAUCAAUUUGGGAACGAAAACUUGCACAGUUAGAUGAGUACCUGCAGAAUUUAAAUCAUAUUCAGAGGAAAUGGGUGUACUUGGAGCCCAUUUUUGGCCGUGGAGCUUUGCCUAAAGAACAAUCACGCUUCAACAAAGUUGAUGAAGAUUUUAGAUCAAUAAUGCUGGACAUCAAGAAAGACAAUCGAGUCACCACACUGACCACUCAUGCAGGAAUCCGAAAUGCUCUGCUCACAAUCCUCGAUCAGCUUCAAAGAUGUCAGAAAUCCUUAAAUGAAUUUUUGGAGGAAAAACGGUCAGCAUUCCCAAGAUUUUAUUUUAUUGGAGAUGAUGACUUGUUAGAAAUCCUGGGCCAGUCCACUAACCCGUCAGUGAUCCAGUCCCAUCUGAAGAAGCUGUUUGCUGGCAUUAACAGUGUGUGCUUUGAUGAGGAGUCCAAACAUAUAACUGCAAUGAAGUCGCUAGAAGGAGAAGUUGUGCCUUUUAAAAACAAAGUUCUCCUGUCAAAUAAUGUGGAGGCAUGGUUGAAUGAUUUGGCUUUGGAAAUGAAGCAAACUUUGAAACAGUUGUUGAAAGAAUGUGUUACUGCUGGGAGGAGUUCACAGGGUGCCAUCGACCCGUCUCUGUUCCCUUCCCAGAUACUGUGCUUGGCAGAGCAGAUCAAGUUUACUGAAGAUGUAGAAAAUGCCAUUAAAGACCACAGCCUCCACCAGAUUGAAACACAACUGGUAGCUAAACUAGAGCACUAUACCAGUGUUGAUACAAGUUCCGGGGACCCAGGGAACUCAGAAUCAGGCAUUCUGGAGCUUAAGCUUAAAGCACUAAUUCUUGAUAUUAUUCAUAAUAUUGAUAUUGUGAAGCAAUUAAACCAAGUUCAAGUUCAUACAACUGAUGACUGGGCUUGGAAGAAACAAGUUAGAUUCUAUAUGAAAAGUGACCAUACAUGUUAUGUUCAAAUGGUGGAUUCUGAACUUCAGUAUACAUACGAGUACCAGGGUAACGCUCCCAAGCUGGUUUAUACGCCAUUGACAGACAAAUGCUACCUAACUCUGACUCAAGCCAUGAAGAUGGGACUUGGAGGGAAUCCCUAUGGACCUGCUGGAACUGGGAAAACUGAGUCAGUGAAGGCGCUAGGCGGACUUCUUGGGAGACAAGUUUUAGUUUUUAAUUGUGACGAGGGCAUUGAUGUGAAGUCAAUGGGGCGAAUAUUUGUUGGUUUGGUGAAGUGUGGGGCCUGGGGUUGCUUUGAUGAGUUCAACAGAUUGGAAGAAGCUGUACUGUCAGCUGUUUCCAUGCAGAUCCAGACCAUUCAGGAUGCUCUGAAGAACCACAGAACUGUCUGUGAGCUGCUUGGCAAAGAGGUAGAAAUAAAUUCUAACUCUGGAAUUUUUAUCACUAUGAAUCCUGCUGGAAAAGGUUAUGGAGGAAGACAAAAGCUUCCUGACAAUCUUAAGCAGCUUUUCAGGCCAGUGGCGAUGUCACGUCCAGACAAUGAUCUUAUUGCAGAAGUGAUUCUCUAUUCAGAGGGCUUCAAAGAUGCUAAAGAGUUGGGCAGAAAAUUGGUUGCUAUUUUCAACCUAUCUAGGGAACUUCUGACACCGCAGCAGCAUUAUGAUUGGGGCUUGAGAGCUCUGAAGACCGUUCUCAGAGGGAGUGGGAAUCUUCUGAAACAGCUGAAGAAAAAUGGCACAAAACAAGAUGUUAAUGAAAAUCAUAUUGUGGUACAAGCAUUGAGGCUUAAUACAAUGUCAAAAUUCACAUUUGCUGAUUGCACCCGGUUUGAUGCGCUGAUCAAGGAUGUCUUCCCUGGAAUUGACUUUAAAGAAGUGGAAUACAGCGAACUGAGUGCUGCGUUAAAGCAAGUCUUCGAGGAGGCCAAUUAUGAAGUCAUACCCAAUCAGAUGAAGAAGGCUCUGGAGUUGUAUGAACAGCUGCGCCAGAGGACAGGAGUUGUUAUUGUUGGCCCAAGUGGUGCUGGCAAGUCUACCCUUUGGAGAAUGUUAAGGGCUGCACUUUGUAAAACUGGCAAAGUAGUAAAACAGUACACUAUGAAUCCCAAAGCUAUGCCCAGACACCAGUUACUAGGACAUAUUGACAUGGACACAAGAGAGUGGUCGGAUGGUGUUUUGACAAAUAGUGCUCGCCAAGUAGUUCGUGAGCCUCAAGAAGUCAGCUCGUGGAUAAUUUGUGAUGGUGACAUUGACCCUGAGUGGAUAGAAUCUCUGAAUUCUGUUCUGGACGAUAAUCGGCUACUCACCAUGCCAAGUGGAGAAAGGAUUCAGUUUGGCCCAAAUGUUAACUUUGUAUUUGAAACUCAUGAUUUAAGCUGUGCUUCACCAGCCACAAUAUCUAGAAUGGGAAUGAUAUUUCUUAGUGAUGAAGAGACGGAUCUAAAUUCUCUGAUAAAAUCUUGGUUGAGGAAUCAGCCUGCUGAGUACAGAAGUAACCUUGAGAACUGGAUUGGAGAUUAUUUUUCAAAAGCUUUGCAGUGGGUUUUAAAGCAGAAUGACUAUGUGGUAGAAACAAGUUUGGUUGGUACUGUGAUGAAUGGUUUGUCCCACCUCCAUGGAUGCAGAGAUCAUGACCAGUUUAUUAUUAAUCUCAUACGAGGCCUGAGUGGAAAUCUAAACAUGAAAUCGCGUUUGGAAUUCACCAAGGAGGUCUUUAACUGGGCCAGGGAGUCCCCUCCAGACCCUCACAGACCAAUGGACACCUACUAUGACAUGGAUCGAGGACAGUUAGCAUCCUACGUGCUUAAGAAGCCAGAGAGCCUGACAGCUGAUGACUUCAGCAGUGGCCAUUCCCUCCCUGUCAUCCAGACCCCUGACAUGCAGCGAGGUCUAGAUUAUUUCAAGCCUUGGCUGAGUUCUGAUACUAAACAGCCGUUUAUUCUCGUAGGACCAGAGGGAUGUGGCAAAGGGAUGCUGCUCAGGUACGCCUUCUCUCAGCUCCGCUCCACGGAGAUUGCCACGGUCCACUGCAGCGCUCAGACUACUUCCCGGCAUCUUCUGCAGAAGCUGAGCCAGACUUGCAUGGUAAUCAGUACAAACACUGGCCGAGUGUACAGACCAAAAGAUUGUGAAAGACUUGUUUUGUACCUAAAAGAUAUCAACCUGCCCAAGCUUGAUAAGUGGGGGACCAGCACUUUGGUGGCUUUCCUCCAGCAGGUGUUGACAUACCAAGGAUUUUAUGAUGAAAAUUUAGAAUGGGUUGGUCUGGAGAAUAUUCAAAUUGUCGCUUCCAUGUCAGCUGGAGGAAGGCUGGGAAGACACAAGCUGACCACCAGGUUUACGUCUAUUGUUCGUCUUUGUGCCGUAGAUUACCCAGAGAGAGAGCAGUUACAGACAAUCUAUGGAGCAUAUUUGGAAGCAGUUUUGCACAAAAAUCUGAAGAAUCAUUCUAUUUGGGGUUCUUCAUCAAAAAUUUACCUCUUAGCAGGCUCUAUGGUACAGGUGUAUGAACAGGUGCGGGCCAAGUUCACAGUUGAUGACUACAGUCACUAUUUCUUUACCCCCUGCAUUCUGACUCAGUGGGUGCUUGGCUUGUUCAGAUAUGAUUUAGAAGGAGGAUCUUCCAACCAUCCAUUAGAUUAUGUUCUGGAGAUUGUAGCCUAUGAGGCUCGACGCUUGUUUCGGGACAAAAUCGUUGGGGUGAAGGAGAUUCAUCUAUUUGAUAAUAUUCUAACCGCAGUGUUCCAAGGAGACUGGGGCUCAGAUAUACUAGACAACAUGGCAGAUAGCUACUAUGUCACAUGGGGAGCCCGGCAUAGCUCAGGAGCAAAUACAGUUCCAGGACAGCCAUUACCUCCACAUGGGAAACCACUUGGCAAACUGACCUCUGCAGACCUGAAGGAUGUCAUUAAGAAGGGUCUUAUUCAUUAUGGACGGGAUAACCAGAAUUUAGAUAUUUUACUUUUCCAAGAAGUUCUGGAAUAUAUGUCUAGGAUAGACAGAGUGCUAAGUUUCCCUGGAGGCUCACUUCUUUUGGCAGGACGCAGUGGUGUGGGGCGGCGAACUGUCACAUCUGUAGUGAGCCACAUGCACGGUGCGGUGCUCUUCUCGCCCAGGAUCUCCAGAGGCUACGAGCCCAAGCAGUUCAGCAGUGACCUCAAGCACGUGCUGUAUCUCGCGGGGAUAGAGGCUCAGCAGGUAGUCUUACUUCUGGAGGAUUACCAGUUUGUACAUCCUACAUUUUUGGAGAUGAUCAAUAGCCUUUUGUCUUCAGGCGAGGUCCCUGGCCUGUAUACUCUGGAAGAGCUAGAGCCUUUGCUGUCGCCUCUGAAAGAUCAAGCUUCCCAGGAUGGUUUCUUUGGACCAGUCUUCAAUUACUUCACGUAUAGAAUUCAACAAAACUUGCAUAUUGUCUUGAUUAUGGACUCGGCAAAUAUGAAUUUCAUAAUAAACUGUGAGAGUAAUCCAGCUCUGCAUAAGAAGUGCCAGGUGCUGUGGAUGGAGGGCUGGUCAGACAGCAGCAUGAAGAAGAUACCAGAGAUGUUGUUCAGUGAAACAGAUGGUGAAGAAAAACUUGACAAAAAAAGAAAGGAAGAAAAGAAGAAAAAUUCAGUUGAUCCUGACUUUCUAAAAUCAUUCUUAUUAAUCCAUGAGUCUUGUAAAGCAUAUGGGGCCACCCCAAGCAGGUAUAUGACCUUUCUUCAUGUGUAUUCUGCCAUCAGCAGCAGCAAGAAAAAGGAGUUACUGAAAAGACAAAGUCAUUUACAGGCUGGUGUGUCUAAACUAAAUGAAGCCAAAGCUCUUGUGGAUGAGCUGAACAGAAAGGCUGGCGAGCAGAGCGUAUUGCUUCGGAUGAAGCAGGAUGAAGCUGACGCUGCCCUUCAGGAGAUCACUGUGUCCAUGCAGGAUGCGAGUGAGCAAAAGACAGAACUUGAAAGACUAAAACAGAAAAUAGCAGAAGAAGUUGUUAAAAUUGAAGAAAGAAAAAGUAAAAUUGAUGAUGAAUUAAAAGAAGUACAACCUCUCGUCAAUGAAGCUAAGCUAGCAGUUGGAAACAUUAGACCAGAAUCUCUUUCAGAAAUCCGCUCACUACGCAUGCCACCAGAUGUAAUUCGAGACAUUCUUGAAGGAGUUUUAAGGCUAAUGGGUAUCUUUGACACAUCGUGGGUAAGCAUGAAAAGCUUCCUUGCCAAAAGGGGUGUGAGAGAAGACAUUGCAACUUUUGAUGCACGGAACAUCCCGAAGGAGAUAAGAGAGAGUGUGGAGGAGCUUCUCUUCAGAAACAAAGCAUCUUUUGAUCCAAAGAAUGCUAAGCGUGCCAGCACUGCAGCUGCACCUCUGGCUGCCUGGGUUAAGGCCAAUGUACAGUACUCCCAUGUCUUGGAACGGAUCCAGCCCCUGGAGACAGAGCAGUCAGGAUUAGAGUCGAAUUUGAAGAAAACUGAAGACAGAAAAAGAAAGCUAGAAGAUCUUCUUAACUCUGUUGGUCAAAAAGUGUCAGAACUCAAAGAAAAAUUUCAGAGCAGGACUUCAGAAGCUGCCAAACUUGAAGCUGAAGUCAGCAAGGCACAGGAGACCAUCAAAGCUGCGGAAGUCCUGAUUAGUCAGCUCGACAGAGAACACAGGAGAUGGAACGCACAGGUUUCUGAGAUAUCGGAAGAGUUAGCUACCCUCCCCAAAAGAGCUCAGCUGGCAGCUGCAUUCAUAACCUACCUCUCUGCUGCUCCGGAAGGCCUCAGGAAGAACUGUCUGGAAGAAUGGACUAAGGCAGCUGGUUUAGAGAAAUUUGAUCUAAGGAGAUUUCUUUGUACUGAAAGUGAGCAGUUGAUCUGGAAAAGUGAAGGCCUUCCAUCUGAUGACCUCUCUGUAGAGAAUGCCAUUGUGAUCCUACAGAGUCGUGUGUGCCCAUUCCUGAUAGAUCCGUCUUCACAGGCGACAGAGUGGUUAAAGACACAUCUGCAGGACUCACGCUUGGAAGUUAUUAACCAACAGGACAGUAACUUUAUCACAGAUCUCGAGUUGGCAGUGCGUUUUGGGAAAACCCUCAUUAUACAAGAGAUGGAUGGGGUGGAGCCUGUUCUUUAUCCACUGUUGAGACGAGAUCUGGUUGCUCAAGGUCCACGGUAUGUGGUACAAAUAGGUGACAAAAUCAUUGACUACAAUGAAGAUUUCCGCCUUUUCUUGUCAACAAGAAAUCCAAAUCCCUUCAUCCCACCUGAUGCCGCGUCCAUCGUGACUGAGGUGAACUUCACCACGACCAGAAGUGGACUUCGAGGGCAGCUUUUAGCCUUAACUAUUCAGCAUGAAAAACCUGAUCUAGAAGAACAGAAAACGAAACUGCUGCAGCAGGAGGAAGAUAAGAAGAUACAGCUAGCCAGACUUGAGGAGUCUCUGUUGGAGACACUUGCUACAUCUCAAGGCAAUAUUUUGGAAAAUAAGGAUUUGAUUGAAUCUUUGAAUCAGACAAAAGCAAGCAGUGCGCUUAUUCAAGACUCACUUAAAGAAUCUUAUAAACUCCAGAUUUUCCUUGACCAAGAGCGGGAUGCCUAUCUGCCUUUGGCUGAGAGUGCCAGCAAGAUGUACUUCAUCAUCUCUGACUUGUCCAAGAUUAAUAACAUGUACCGCUUCAGUUUGGCUUCCUUUCUCCGAAUUUUCCAACGAGCUCUGCAGAACAAGCAGGACUCUGAAAAUACAGAACAGAGAAUCCAGUCUCUUGUCAGCUCACUGAAGCAUAUGGUGUAUGAAUAUAUAUGCCGGUGCCUGUUUAAGGCUGACCAGUUGAUGUUUGCUUUGCAUUUUGUUCGAGGUAUGCAUCCUGAACUUUUUCAAGAAAAUGAAUGGGACACGUUUACAGGUGUGGUUGUUGGAGACAUGCUGCGGAAAGCUGACUCUCAACAGAGAAUUCGUGAUCAACUUCCAUCUUGGAUAGAUCAGGAAAGAAGCUGGGCAGUGGCAACACUGAAGAUCGCGCUCCCCAGUCUCUACCAGACCCUCUGCUUUGAAGACAUGGCACUUUGGCGGACUUACUAUCGUCACUCAAUGUGUGAACAGGAGUUUCCAUCAAUUCUUGCAAAGAAAGUUUCCUUAUUUCAGCAGGUUCUUGUUGUUCAGGCUCUACGACCGGACAGACUGCAGAGCGCCAUGGCUCUGUUUGCCUGUAAGACCCUGGGACUGAAGGAGUUAUCCCCUCUUCCCCUGAAUCUCAAACGUUUAUACAAAGAGACGCUAAACAUCGAGCCCAUCUUGAUAAUCAUUUCCCCAGGAGCCGACCCUUCUCAGGAACUUCAAGAACUUGCUAAUGCUGAAAGGAGCAGCGAGUGUUACCACCAGGUUGCUAUGGGUCAAGGUCAAGCUGAUUUAGCAAUACAAAUGCUAAAAGAAUGUGCCCAGAAUGGAGACUGGCUCUGUUUGAAGAACUUACAUCUCGUGGUGUCUUGGCUUCCAGUUCUGGAGAAGGAAUUGAAUACUCUUCAACCUAAAGAUACCUUUCGUCUGUGGCUCACUGCGGAGGUUCACCCUAACUUCACCCCCAUUUUACUCCAGUCAAGCUUGAAGAUAACAUAUGAGUCACCUCCAGGUUUGAAGAAGAAUUUGAUGCGUACUUACGAAUCUUGGACUCCUGAGCAAAUUAGCAAAAAAGAUAACCUGCACCGGGCUCAUGCUCUUUUUAGUUUAGCAUGGUUUCACGCUGCCUGUCAAGAAAGAAGAAAUUAUAUUCCACAGGGUUGGACCAAGUUUUAUGAGUUUUCGUUAUCAGAUCUUCGGGCUGGGUACAACAUCAUUGACAGGCUCUUCGAUGGUACCAAAGAUGUCCAGUGGGAAUUUGUACAUGGCUUACUUGAAAAUGCUAUCUAUGGAGGCCGCGUAGAUAACUGUUUCGACCUCAGGGUUCUUCAGUCAUACUUGAAGCAGUUUUUUAAUUCUUCUAUAAUUGAUGUACCAAACCAAAGGAACAAGAAAAGCAUUUUUCCAUAUUCCAUAUCUCUCCCAAACUCCUGCAGCAUUUUGGACUAUCGUGCUGUCAUUGAGAAGCUCCCUGAAGAUGAUAAACCCAGCUUCUUUGGUCUGCCUGCCAACAUCGCUCGCUCAUCUCAGCGCAUGACCAGUUCUCAGGUUAUCUCCCAGCUCAGGAUCCUGGGAAGAUCUGUCACAGCUGGCUGCAAAUUUGACAGAGAAAUCUGGUCUAAUGAACUUUCCCCCAUCCUCAAUCUCUGGAAGAAACUCAACCAGAAUUCAAACCUAAUCCACCAGAAAGUGUCACCUCCCAAUGACCAACAAGGAUCUCCAAUAUUAUCGUUCAUCAUUCUUGAGCAGUUCAAUGCCAUCCGCUUGGUACAGAGUGUCCAUCAGUCUCUUGCUGCCCUCAGCAAAGUCAUCAGAGGGACUACUUUACUGAGUUCAGAAGUGCAAAAACUGGCAAGUGCCUUAUUAAACCAAAAGUGUCCUCUCACAUGGCAGAGCAAGUGGGAAGGCCCCGAGGACCCCCUCCAGUACCUGCGAGGUCUUGUGGCCCGUGCCCUUGCAAUUCAGAAUUGGGUUGAUAAAGCUGAAAAGCAAGUUCUUCUCUCUGAUACCCUUGACCUGUCUGAACUUUUCCAUCCAGACACAUUCCUUAACGCACUUCGCCAGGAAACCGCGAGGGCGAUGGGCUGCUCUGUGGAUAGCCUUAAAUUUGUAGCAUCCUGGAAAGGCCGACUUCAAGAAGCAAAGCUGCAGAUUAAGAUCAGUGGUUUGUUACUGGAAGGAUGCAGCUUUGACGGCAAUCACCUUUCAGAAAACCAGCAUGAUUCUCCCAGUGUGUCGACAGUUCUCCCUUGCUUUAUGGGCUGGACUCCACAGGGUGCAUAUGGUCCAUACUCCCCUGACGAAUGCAUCUCUUUACCUGUUUAUACAAGUGCCGAGAGGGAUCGUGUGGUGACCAACAUCGAUGUUCCCUGUGGAGGCAACCAGGACCAGUGGAUCCAGUGUGGGGCAGCACUUUUUCUUAAAAAUCAAUAAAUCUGAGGCAACACAGGACAAUUUAGCAAAGUGACAUUUAUGGCAAAGUUUUACACGGAACAUGUAGUCAGUCGGAAAUGUUAGUUCAGAAUAUCUAUAGUUAGUUUUUCUUGUUGUUGAUCUCCUUGGAUUCUUAUUUUAAUAAAUGUGUAAUAUCAGCACUGUGUACCUUAAAGAGCAGGGAAUUUGGUGGCAUUAGCUGUUUUUAUGAAAAAUUUGCUUUUUCAGGAAUUGAAUUAUUUAAAGUACUAUAUUUAAGAAAUCAAUAAUAUUUUGGGUAUUUUGUAUAAUUGCAUCUACUUAUUUUAGUCUUCUGGGUUUAAAUAUGUGUACCACUCUCCUUUUAAGCAUUGAACACUGUGCAAAGGCAUAAUGAAUGAAUUAUCUUAACAAUUAAACAUGUCACUUUAUUGUAUAUAUUACAUCAUCAUCAUCAUUCAUUCCCUGAUAAUGCUAAGCAGGCACGGGCAGCCUGUUUAUGGCGGUUCUCCAGUUGUUCCUACCCUGGGCAGUCCUAUAUGCUUGUGAUAUUGUCAUACCCAAAGUUCCACAGUCUUCCUCUGUGCUGUCUGUCUAUCCAGUGUUCUUUGUGCCUUCCUCUUCACCUUAUCCCAUGCACUCCUCCACACAGUGCUAUCUUUGGGUGUCUGCUGUCAUUCAUUCUCAUAACAUGACCAAAGUAUCUCAAGUGCUGUCGCUGUAUCCUGUAGUUUACUUCCUUCUGUAGAUGGAGAUGUUUCUUUUUCUUUUUCUUUUGUUUUUUUUUUUUUUGUUUUUUCGAGACAGGGUUUCUCUGUGGUUUUGGAGCCUGUCCUGGAACUAGCUCUUGUAGACCAGGCUGGUCUCGAACUCACAGAGAUCCGCCUGCCUCUGCCUCCCGAGUGCUGGGAUUAAAGGCGUGCGCCACCACCGAUUGCCUGUCUCUUCUUGUGACACCUAGAAUCCUCCUGAGACCUGCCAUCUCAAACACAUUUAGUCACUGUUCUGAGGAGCGUUUCAUUGUCCAGGUUUCAGAGUUGUAAAGAAGGCAGCUCAAGACGAGUGUCUCAUAUACUGUAAUUUUGUUGUUGUUGUUGUUAUGUCUCUUGCUGACCAAACCUUUCCUAGUGGCUGGAACUCAGCCCUCGCUAUCCCUAUCCACUCUUGACAUCUGAAAUAGAUCCCCCCUUUGAACUGAGGUUUCCUCCCAGAGAGACAAAGUUGACUGCUUGAGGUUCUGAUUCUUUAUUACAAUGUUAGAAUCCUUGUGUGCUCUUCCCAUGUGUUGUAUCUCAGUCUGCUCGAUGUUUGCUUUCAUAGAAGGUUCUCACUGACUUCCACCACUCUACUUACCAUGGCCUGCAGCUCAUGUGGACUUUCAGCAUGUAGUGAUGUAUUGUCUGUGAAACACAAGUUACUGAUUCGCACACACCUACCUGCACGCCUGUCUGCUUAUCCUCCAGGGCUGUUGCUAUUGUUAACUCCAGAAACAUAUGAAAGAGCAGCGGUGAGAGGACACACCCCUGCAUCACUCCUACGACUGUCCUAAACUCAUCACUUAGUUCUCCACAGACUUUGACUGAUGCAAAGGUGUCUUUAUAGGCAUUAUUUAGUAUUCUUAGGAGUUUCUCUGGGUGCCUGCAUAACCUCAUUGUUUCCCAAAUUCCUUUCCUCCAGAUGCUAUCAAAUGCCUUCUUGAAGUUGAUGUAACAAACAUGUCUUUUCCAAAUUCUUCGUAUUUUCUACCAGUUACCUCAAAGUGAAGACCUGAUCAAUUGUGCUCCUGUUAGCCCUGAGUCCGCACUGGGCCUUUGCUAGGUUUCCUCGGUUCAGCCCGUGUUCCUUUGCAGGAUAAUGGAGGAGACUUGCUGCUACGGCACAACAACUAAUGCUCCUGUGAUUUGCUUUCAUUCUGUGGGAAUCACUUUGUGUUCCCAUAUCUCUCUGAAGAGUCUGAGAAGUGCCUCACACCACAAUCCUAUUGUAGCCACCUCCAGCUCCUCCAUUGUGAUGUUAGAUCUGAGUUUUGAAGAAUAAAGAUUCAAAAUACA